CUAUGAUUAAAAAAAAAAAUGUUUCCACUGAAUCUGUCGGGUAACAGAAUUUAGUGUAACACCGGAAACGGCCGUUUGUAGCUGUUAUCGCGAGAACAGAGCACGGGAUUUGUGAAGGCCGGGACUUUCAUUCAUCAUUCCGAGGUUAAAAGAUGGCCACUCCGGACGUACGGCUAAAUCACACCAUCUACAUCAACAACUUGAAUGAGAAAAUCAAGAAAGAUGAGUUGAAGAAGUCGCUGUACGCCAUCUUCUCUCAGUUCGGACAGAUCUUGGACAUCUUGGUCGCACGAAACAUAAAGAUGAAGGGUCAAGCCUUUGUUAUUUUCAAAGAGGUCAACAGCGCUUCAAAUGCUCUGAGAUCCAUGCAGGGAUUUCCUUUCUAUGACAAACCCAUGCGUAUCCAGUAUGCCAAGAUGGACUCAGACAUCAUAGCUAAAAUGAAAGGCACAUAUGUGGAGCGUGACCGUAAAAAGGAGAAGAAGAAGAUCAAAGGAGCCGAUACAGCUGGAGCUAAGAAGGGUGUACCGGGAGCUGCUGCACCCAUGGUUGCUGGUGUACCUGCUGCCAUGCCUGGAAUGCCUCCAAUGAGCCAGGCUCCACGUAUGAUGCACAUGCCAGGGCAGCCGCCUUAUAUGCCCCCUCCUGGCAUGAUGCCUCCUCCGGGCAUGGCACCUGGCCAGAUGCCCCCUGGUGCCAUGCCUCCAGGCCAGAUGAUGCCCGGACAGAUGCCUGGACAAAUGCCCCAGCAGGUUGCAGAAAAUCCUCCGAAUCACAUCCUCUUCCUCACCAACUUGCCAGAGGAAACAAACGAGCUCAUGCUCUCCAUGCUCUUCAACCAGUUCCCCGGGUUCAAGGAGGUGCGUCUGGUCCCUGGUCGCCACGACAUCGCCUUUGUGGAGUUUGACAAUGAAGUGCAGGCCGGUGCCGCACGAGACGCACUGCAAGGCUUUAAGAUCACACAGGCAAACGCAAUGAAGAUCUCAUUCGCUAAGAAAUAACCUCAAGACCGUUGUUUCUUGCAUGCUCUCACACACACACACACACACAGCUUUUUUAUUAAUGUUCAACAGUGACCCAAACUGUGAAACAUUUUUUUAGAAAAUUGACAUUUGCUGAUCAUUGCAGCACGAGAGGUGUACCUUUCUCUGCUUCUACGAGGAUUACAUGUAAGUAUACAUUGUUUGCAUCAAGCUUUGUUUUAUCGUGUCACACUGUUCAUCCCACUGAGAAAAGUUCAUGACGGUAUCGCAGCUGGUGAAAUCCAUGUCAUCUCUUUCGGUUUGCUUGUUUUUACUGUUUGUGAUGAAGCAUUGCACCCAGGGUCUGGUCUACCAGACAUUGUACCUGGAGCUUUUUAUUUUUAAUUAAAACCUUACUUUGA